AGCGACAUAAGAAAAAUGGAGGAACUAUUACAAGCUCAUAGUAAAAAGGUGAUCACUCCGAGCUACAGACGAAUUUUCAUCAGUAAAUUAGAUGUUUGGACCACAGCCUUCCGAUACUUUCACCAGGACAGCUUUGCAAGGCACCACGGUUUGCUUGUGGUCUCAUUUGCUUGUGAUCUGCACACUUUUAAAAUUGAACCACCAGACUAUGGAGGACCAAGGCGAGAAUUUUUUCGUCGGCUUAUUAAAGCAAUCUUUGAAGACAGCGGAGCCUUUGAAGAGACACCCAAUGGUUUUAUACCAAAACUGAACACCAGUCAUUUGGAAAAUGGAGUUUACCGGACCAUUGGGAAGAUGAUGUCCACCAUAAUGAUCCAGGGGGGUGAGCCCCCAGCACAUCUAGCACCUUGUGUGGUGGACUACAUUUUGACUGGAGAUGUCCUCCAAGUGAAUGCUACACCUGAUGAUGUCUCAGCCUCUGAGCUUAGAGAAAUGCUGAAAAAGGUGGAAACAUCGAGCACAGAAAGAGAGCUGGAAGACGCAGUAAAGCAAUGCGACUCUUGGCGGUUUGAGGUGGAAGGUCUUCCAAACCCAGUUAAUAUGAAUACUAAAGAUACGUUUGUGAAGAAGGCAGCCCUCUUUCAUGUAAUCUUAAAAAGCCAAGCUUGUCUUGAUCAGUUAAUCGAUGGACUGUCGUACUACGAGGUACUUCCACUUUUCAGAGAAAAUCCUCUCAUGUGUGUUUUUCUUGUCUUUCCAAAAAUUAAGCAAGAAAUUACUGCAAAUUAUCUAUUCACUGCUUUUACUCCAAAGUUUUCUGAUGUUUGUAGUUACACAAAAAUGCUUCAGACGUUUAUGUGGUCAAUGUUUUACGACUUUCUUCAGUCUGUACAAGGUAAACAACUUGAAGAAAAAUUUAGUAGAAGGAGACUGACCGAAGCAGAGAAGACAUUUCUGGAAACAUUGAGCCUUGUCCACGUUGUUCAAUUUACCACAGGGGCCAGCACAGUUCCCGCUGCUGGGUUCAAUCCACAUCCUCAAAUGAUAUUUCUUGAUUGUGAACCAACAGGUCAUCCAAAAGCAAACACCAGCAGAAAUGAGCUUCAGAUUCCUGUCGAUGAGGAUCUCCUGGAUCCAGAUUCUGACGAGUUUGAUUAUUUCUUUUUUGAAGCUUUGAUGAAUAGUCCUGUGUGCAGAUAAGUAUGACACUGCUUAUGAGGAUGGAAUAAAGAAACACAUGGGUUGAUUUAACCAUCAAACAAAAUUAAAGUUGUGCAUUUGACUUCGUAACACUUGACUGUUUUUGUGUAUUUGAUUUCAUGUUAUUCUUGUAAAAGUUCAAGUGCAAUUGUAUUUUUUUUUGCUAAUGCAUGUAAUACAACCAUAUAAAAAGUGUAACUUUGGUCAAAGUUUUCCCUUGUAAGUCCUAAUUAAUUGUUAGUAAUUUUGUUACACACAAACUCCUGAACUCUUGUGGCCAUGUUUUUCAUCAUUAUGACCGUUUCCAAGAGGAGCUGAGAUAGUUCAUAUAAAUCCCACCUGUUCAUUGAGCAAAAUAAACGAUUGUCCUGUUUAAGGCUUGGCACGAACUGCUCUGUUCUU